CCUAGAAAUUGUCAAGCCCUGUAUUACGUAAAUCGUUUAGUAAAAAGGUUUUUAGUAAAUGCCAAUAAAGGCAUAAUUGCACAGAAAGGGUGUACUUUCAUAAACAUUCUAUAUUGUACAUAUUGUGUAUUUAGGUCUCUAAAAUGAAAUACGGUAUAUUCCCUUUCCUUUUGUAGAUGAGAUGAAAAGACGGCGAGAUUUCUAUGCCUCCUAUUCCCGUGCAGAAGGUGAGUUUUAUUAUACAAGUAUGCUAUCAAGCAGCACUUACAGGAGCAGUUUUCUUUAAAGCAGCUUAUUAACGCAAGUACAGAGAGUAAUUGAACACCUGCUUUAAAGGAGUAGUUUGUACAUGAGAUUUGUUAAUUGCAUUACAGCCCAAGAUGGCUCCAGUGCUGAACAGGGAGAGAAGACAAAUGAUUGUGGGGAGGUAGCUGUACAAGAAGAGGAAAACAUCAGUCUGUCAAUCCAGUUUUCUGAAGAUGCCAGGUAUCACGUUUGCAUCCCUCCUUCCUAACUUAUAGCUGCUUAUUGUUGAUUCCCCUGAUUUCCCUUAUAACCACCUACCUGUUCUCAAAAUGCAACCUCAUUCUCCACUUUGUUCCUGGUUGGUGAGCAGUGGGCUAUCUGACAGCCUCAUGCUGUUGUAGGUGUAUCAGUGGCUUAACUACUGUCAUGUUAUGUAAUACCUCUACGAAUAGAAAGUAACAGCCUGUCUGUACAUAUGCACAUUGGGUGAGCUUUGUUGCGUUUUUUUAGUUUUUAUGUUUUUGAAUGUCUUUUCUAAUCUACUUUUCAUGUCAUUCUGUUGCUAUAUUUUCAGUACAAUGCAUGCCCAAUAAAAGAAAGCCUUUGUGGGUCGUAGGUCCACUUUACACUGACACCACACACACAACAUUCUGUCAGUUACAAGCUGAUAUUUAGCACAAGGGAUACCGUCCUUAAAGGAACACUAUAGUCACCUAAAUUACUUUAGCUAAAUAAAGCAGUUUUAGUGUAUAGCUCAUUCCCCUGCAAUUUCACUGCUCAAUUCACUGUCAUUUAGGAGUUAAAUCACUUUGUUUCUGUUUAUGCAGCCCUAGCCACACCUCCCCUGGCUAUGAUUGACAGAGCCUGCAUGAAAAAAACUGGUUUCACUUUCAAACAGAUGUAAUUUACCUUAAAUAAUUGUAUCUCAAUCUCUAAAUUGAACUUUAAUCACAUACAGGAGGCUCUUGCAGAGUCUAGCAAGCUAUUAACAUAGCAGGGGAUAAGAAAAUCUUAAAUAAACAGAACUUGCAAUAAAGAAAGCCGAAAUAGGGCUCUUUUUACAGGAAGUGUUUAUGGAAGGCUGUGCAAGUCACAUGCAGGGAGGUGUGACUAGGGUUCAUAAACAAAGGGAUUUAACUCCUAAAUGGCAGAGGAUUGAGCAGUGAGGCUGCAGGGGCAUGUUCUAUACACCAAAACUGCUUCAUUAAGCUACAAUUGUUCAGGUGACUAUAGUGUCCCUUUAAAUGAUUGUUUCAUCAUUUUAUGAUCCCCAUGUGGAGAAAUUUUCAAAUAAAUCAAAGUUCAAUCAAUUCUUUCUGCUGCUUAGUACAUCUGUUGUCUCUUCUACUACCUCAGCGUAUAUGUCUGUUACUGCUGUGUUGGCAAGCUGUUAAAUAUUGCCUAAAGGGGCAAUCUAAGCAUCGUAAUUAUGACCACAUGCAGUACUUGUUAUGGUGCUGAAUGCCCCUUUAAGAACAAACUGCAAUAACAAACUUUGCUAUAAAAUACUACUACUUGGGCAGUGGAAUCGUUAAAGGAUUCUUUUCAUUUACUGAAACUGGAUUACGGUUAAUUAUCCCAUUAAUUUGAAUGUGUGUUAUACCAGUCUGACCUUGGUACCGUAGCUGUUUGUGAAUAAUAUUUCUCAUAACACUUAGCCAGUCUAUCAUUCACAAACAUCUGCAGUGCCAAGGUUAUGAUAUGGUGGGUUAUGGUAAUGUCAGGAGUGUACUUUUGGCUUAAUUAGUCCCAUUCUUUUUAUAGCAUUGUAUAGAUAGUAUAUUAAAAUAUUUAAAAACAAUACAUGUAUUUAAAUUUCCUGCAAAAUUCAGAGUGAACAGGAUUUACAGUGAUUUACCAAACCAGGAAGUGCCAGAUAUUUUUUUUAAAUCAAAACUUGAGGUAAAAACUGCCCACAUCUUGUAUUAUAUUUUGAGUGUCACCCACACAGCGUUUGGUGACUGGCAGCAGGAGAUUGCAAUUUCUGGGUGACUAGUGGGAGGGGGACACAAUGUCUGGGGAGGAGCACAAGGCUUCCACCUCUUACUUCGUGUUGUGUGUCUUCAUUGACUGCCGUAGAGGAUUUUCUUUAUCCUCUACCAUUUCUAGCAGGACAUUGUUUUAGCUGAUCUUCUUCAUCCUACUCAGUGGCAGUAGUCUGUGAGCCCACAAUACAACAGUUGGUAAAAUAUAAGGAGGGGGAAGGUGGUCAAGAGACACAAGAAGGUUGAGGGGGAAAAAAGGGGUCAAAGAGACGUAAGAGACAAUAAAGGAGGGGGUAAAAUAUUCAACUGGUUGUUUUCUUCUUAAGUUUUAGUUACAUUGUAUGCUUUUAUAUUCCAAAGAAUUCAGAAACAAAUGUGUAUUAUACUUUCUUUAGCAGUGCUACUAUGUUUUACUAUGAACAGUGCUUUAUUGGCAUAGCAAGAGGUUCUGUACAUUCAGCUUCGUUGUCAGUUGGAGUUGGAGUUUAUUUGAACUGAAAGCUAACAAAUCAUGAUGUGAAAAUAGUUGGAGCAAAACAGGAAACAUUGCAGGAUGGGUGGAAGGAUUGGGCUUGUAUAGUAAUUCUGAAAUAUCUCUACACUCUGCAUAAUGAACUAUAACCUAGCCUAGACAUUGCACCAAACCUGUGAGUAUCCGGAGUACCCACGUAGACCUAAGGAUAUUCUUUGAAACCUCCAAUAUUUGACAAUCUAAAUUCUCAGACUGCAAGCACACCCAUCUGUUUACCUGUAGAGUAUAUAAUGACCUUCCUGGUACUAGUUAUUUCAUUUGCUGACCAAGGCGAGCCCCAGUAAUGCAGGCAAGUAGUAACUUUCAUUAGUUGUACAUUUCUGUAUUUUGGCUAAUAGUUGUUGGCUAAUUUAAAGUCUGUCCCACCCUCAUCUGCCAACAAAACUUUGUGGCAUCUUUACCACCUAAUGUGCAGUAUAUGUUCCAGUGGUCCCUAUUCUCUGCAUAUUGUCUGACUGAACACUCACAUCUACUUGGUUUGGUUUGUCUCUUUAUAAGUAAGUAAAUAAGAAUUUGCAGUGAAGACCAUAUUAAUUACUGUUGGUGACAUAUCAAUAUUGUUGUGUUUACCUUUGUCAGGGAUGAGACACGAGAUUCGGUGGAAAGUGAGGAUUUAGAAAAGGUGAGAGAUUAUCAGUUGAUUGAAUAUGAUCAUGAGAUUAAAGUGGUAACACGAUUUUUGUUCAAUUAGCCAUGAAUGUUUUGCUGCAUGUAUUUGGCUUUAGCAAAAUCCUGAAUUGCAUUUUCUUAUUCAAUUUUCAGAAAACUCAUAGUUGCAUAGUAAAUAAUGCCCAAAGUUUAUAGUUUUAUAAUAAUACUAGUGUGUACCUUGCCUAAUUCUUCAUUCCUAAUUGAAACCUGUUUUUGGCCUAUAUAGAGUAGGGAUCGACUGAUAUUGAUUUUUUUAGAGCCAAUACCGAUAAUCUGUGAACUUUCAGGCCGAUAACUUACCGAUCUUCUGUACAUUUACCAUUUUGAGAAAAUAAACUAUUUCUAAAGGUUAAUGCACAAAAUAUACAUGGCACAUGUAGUGGGUGCAGUGUUUUUAGACAGGGGAGCUGUGUGUGUGUGUUUGUGUAGUUUAUGCAGUGUUUAUAUAAUGAAUGCAGAGUGUGUUUGUGUAGUGUGUGUAUAGUGAAUGUAGUGUGUAUAUAGUGAAUGCAGAGUGUGUGUGUUUGUGUAGUGUGUGUAUAAUGAAUGCAGAGUGUGUGUGUUUGUGUAGUGUGUAUAUAAUGAAUGCAGUGAGUGUUUGUGUAGUGUGUGUAGUGUGCGUAAAGUGAAUGCUGUGUGUGUAGUGUGCGUAAAGCGAAUGCUGUGUGUGUGUAAAGUAAAUGCAGUGUGUGUAUUGUGAAUGUAGUGUGUGUAUAUACUGAAUGCAGAGUAUUUUGUUCUGUAAAGUGGAUCUAAAGUUACUCAAGAUAGAAGCUUUCAUCACCCACAUGUCUCUUUGCAGAGAAACAGUCUCCGUUUCCUGCGCUGUCCAGCUGCCAUGACUAUUACUCACCUUGCCAAAUUCUUACGAAACAAGAUGGACGUCCCCAGCAAGUACAAAGUAGGUACCAAGGACCCUUCAUUAUGCUUUUGUUUCAAGAGGUUUGUGAAUGAACAUAUUUCUGUAAAUCAAUCCGCAUUAUGUCUGUAGAUGAUUCCUGAAGUAAUUCUGACACUUUUGAGCAUUUCAUAAAGAUAAAAUGUUUGUGAAAUACACUAUAGCAAUCAAAAGAUUAUCUUAUGGGUAAAUCCAAGGUUGAAAAAAGAUGGAGUUUCUCCCGUCCACUUUUGUCAUUCCUAGCAGCUACUAUAUAAGAUUCUAUAUAAAAUUAAAAUGCAUUUAUAAUUUAGACUACAAUUUCCUAAGAGAUAAAUUAUUAAAAGCCGGUUAUCACGGUUUAACCCGCAUUCAGAUAAAUAGUCAUAUUUAAAAGACAGACUAAUCAAAAUUUCAAUAUAGUAUUACGGUUAUCACAUAUCUAUUAAGUAACUGAAUAUCCUUUAAUGCAGACUUGGACAACAUUAUUGUCUAACCCCAAAUCACAGCUGUAUAAUUUCUUUAUUUUCUAAUAUGGCAGUGGCACAGAAAGGAAAGAAAAUGCUAUUAAAAUAAUACAUAGGAUUCUUUCAUACACUGUGUCACCAUAUGAAUGUUACAUUUAUAGAAGAUGCAAGCCAUAGUGAAAUAACAUCUUUAAUUGUUCUAUAUAAUAUGUAUUGUACUGUGAGGAAAAAUAUUGAAAUCAAGAAAGAUAGGCCGGAGGCAGAGAGAGAAGAAGAAAGGCUGGCGGGAAAAAAAAGAGUAAAGUAAGGGCUGGGUGUGGAUAGGAAUAAAAUACCUUAGUCCUGGGAGUGUUGGCUAACCAGGAACUAAAAACCAAAGAAUAAAAGUUACCUGCGCUCUUCCCAAAUCCCUAUGCAUAUUUACAUAAAUGGAGGUUAUAUGGUAACUCAAUUGGCCAUUAGAGGGAUGCCCGUCUGCCACAUCAAGGCAAACCUCUUAGGUGGAUCUUACACUGACUAUUCAACUUGCUUCCUUAAACUUCAUGCAAAUAUAUCUCUAAUGAGACAGAGGGGGGUAUUUUUCUAAACCCCUACAUACUUAUUACCCCUUAAUAGAGAACACAUGGGGUGGGGGACAGCAUUUUAACGUAGCUGUGUGAUACAAAAGUGAAUACAAAUACACAAAAAUAAGUCCUGCGCUCAAACUCCCACUACUCUUGGGCGGGGUGUUCCCUAUUAAGGGGUAAUAAGUAUGUAGAGGUUUAGAAAAAUACCCAUCUCUGUCUCAUUAGAGAUAUCUUUGCCUUAAGCUCAAGGAAGCAAAGUGAACAGUCAGUGUAGGACCGACCUAGAGGUUUGCCUUGACGUGGCAGGUGGGCUUGCCAUCUAAUGGCCGUUGGAGUUACUAAAUAACCUCCAUUUAUGUAAAUAUGCAUAGGGAUUUGGGAAGAGUGCAAUUAACGUUUUUUUUUCCUUUGGUUUUUACUGUAUGUAUUGAGGCUGUUGUAUACUAUGGUCAUUGCUGCUGAGUAGUGGGAGUUUGAACGCAGGACUUGUUUUUGCAUAUUUGUAACCAGGAACUAAAGCAGGAUAUUUCUUAAUUCAGUGUAGGAUUUGUAAAGAGCCCCCAAGAUCUUGAGAAAAGUAACAUUCUUGAUACAAUAAACUGCUGCAACUAUGGAAAUAUCUACCAUUAUAAUUUUUUUUUUUUUUUAAAUUGAGCUAAAUAGAUGUUAUACAUAAGAUAUCACGAAGCAUAAUAAAUCAUGGGUACACUUUGCAGUUGACAUAAGCAAUUCUACAUCUUUUCAAUAUAAUAUAAGCAGGAUAUUGGCAAUAUAGAGGUUGCUUAUAAAAAUAAAAUAUGCAGGCAUACAGGCUCGAUAACAUAACAUCUGACCCAGAGUGAAUGGACCUUGCAAGAACAUAUUAACAGAAAAAUAGAAAGUAAACAUAAUGGAGGUAAAAUCAUUAAUAACUGAUGCACUGCACAGCUCAAUAAGUAUUGGGAAUGUUUCUAAGAGCAAGCAUGAAGACGUGGGUCUAAGGACAUAGAAUCAUAUUGGUUCAUGUUGGAUAACAAUAGAUGAGGCAUUUGUUUUUUGUUAAACUAUUACAGUCUUACAGUAUGGCACAAAUUGAAGAUAUGCUGUCAUAUAAGCUCGUAGGCAUGAUUGAUUAACAGAAAAGUAAAAAAUAAUAAGUAGUAGAAAUAAAAUGCUAAAUAUCAAAUUCUCAGAUCUGUGCUACGAGUUAUGAGAAGAUCCCAUAAAAUAUAAAACUCUCUGUUAAAAGAAUAACAAAUGCUGUGGUAAGAAAUAAUUAUGGAGGACCAUUUGUCCCAUAGCCACUGGUCCACAGGCAGUAAAGAGGCAUGGGAAGUCACCAACCUGUCUCUGGGCAUGCUUGUGCUUUCCAUAUGCUUCAGACACUCUGUGCAGUGACUGAGUGAAGGCCUAAGUAACAUGUCUUGGCUUGCUCUCCAACUUCUUCCAAAAUGCUUGCACAGGUGAUCAAAUGCCCAAAGUGAGUCCGCAAAGACCCUUAAGUGGUGAACAGACAGGCCAUAUUGUAUUUUCUCAGCCAGAGAGGCAAUGGCAGCCAUCUUGAGAUUUUAAAGCAAUUCCAGUGAAGGCCGGAAAAUGGGGUGCAAAGUCCAGGCAAUGAGAGUCAAACAAGAGUGGGGUGGUGGUCCAGGCAUCUGUGCUGAGCCUCCUGAUUCCUGGGUAAAGAGAUCUGCCACCUCUCCCACACCCAUGUUGCUAAGCAUCCCGCUAGUGGGCCACAGAGGUGCCAAGGAACAAAUCCGCACAAAAUAAUCCAGACUUGCUCUUUGACCUGUAGGUUUUUGAAUUCUAAAUAUGUACUCAAACAGUCAGUAUAUUUCAGCUAAAUAUAAAAUAAACCUCGUAUAAUCACCUUUUUUUAUCUGUCUUUUUUUGGUUAUUUAUAUUUGUAAUUUUUUUUUAUGCAAUAAGUCAAAUUUAUACAAUAAAAGUGUUUGAUUAAUGGCAUCAAAGUAAUAGAAAUCUCACUCCUUUUUACAAUAUAGGAACCAAAUGAAAAUAACACUGUAUAGGGAAUGUGAGAAAAGAGUUAAAGGAGCAGAAAAACCCUUUAAUUUAUGAGCAUUUCAUUUUACACGCAUUUGCUGUUGUACUAAGUAAUCAUGAGAAGAUUACUUUAGUAAUUGCUAAAGGCGGUCUUCUGUAUUCUCUAACACGUUGUGGAUCUGUUUCUGAGCUCCAAAUAUUGACUUCUAGUUUAAUUCAAUAGAAGCGUAAUGCGGGUUCUUGGGAAACAACCAGAAAAGUUGUUAAUUUAUUUUUCAACUAUAGUUUAUUAAACAUUUUGCCAUACAUUACAAAGGCCGUGCAAUACAAACAGAGUGACUUGUUCACAGUAACAAUAUAUAUGCAAAGUCACAUUAAUAAAGCGAUAAAUAUAGCCUGCCAUAACCUAUUGUACAGCGAUACGGAAUUUGUUGGCGAUUUAUAAAUAAUAAUAAUAUAGAGUAGUGCUUUGGUUUAGUGCAGUGAAGUAAGCAAUAGCCCAUGAGAAUGAAAGACAAGUUAGAAGAAAGGCAGGAAUAGCAGGAAGAAAAGCAUAGGGUGUGGGACAGAGAGAAGGAAACAUCAGGCAGGAUAACAGUGGGAGGAGUGGGGAGCUUUACUUGUCGAUUACUAUUCUUUCAAAACAGUCCUCCUCUUGAGUGGAGGAUAACACUCCACCAAAAAAGACAGCCACUACUGGGACCAGGGAUGUUCUGCAAUCUGAAAUAGUGUUUUUGAAAUGGACUUCGUACUGUGGCAUUUAAGAGAGCUGCAAGAGAGAGAUUUUUCUUUUUUUUUUUCAAUCUGGCCAUCUUUUAUUUCCUUACUUCAACAAAGCCGCAUUUGACAGCAGUUUGUGGCUCUCGAAUAUUUCCCAGUAUUAAUUUUCUAUACGUCCCAGUCUAUUUUGUUUUGUAGAAUAAAUAUUAGAUUCCCCUUGCCAUGCUUUUGAACAUAUUUGUCAUAGGUCAUUGGAAGAUAUAAGAAUUUGUAAACUGACAACCAACUCUGUAGGGUUUAACUGCCAUCAAAGAAAAGAACAUAAUUUAUUUAAAUAAAUAUUUGUAGUGUGAUUGUUGACUUUGAAUUAAUCAAAUAAUUUUUUUUUUUAACUUGGUGAAAUAAAUUGAAUAGUUGAAAAAUCAAAUCAGUCAAAAUAAUAUUACAGAUGGUACAAGCUUACCAUAAUCUCUCCGAAAGAUAUCCUGGCAGAGGAUUAUGGCUACAGAUGUAAGGCAGAAGACUUAAAAUGGCAAAGUGUUAUUAGUUAUGCAGAGUGGACAUAAUCUGGAAUAAACAUGAAUGUAAUGCUAGGAUGUAAAAUGGAGUUAGAUGUGCAAAUAUGUGACCUAGGUAUGUAGGUCAAGGGUAAUGCAUGCUGGAGAGAUAUGUGACUAGACUGUGUAUAUUGCAAAGUAAAAAUUUAAAUUGAUACUUUGGUACUUAAUAUUAGGUAGUGGCAUCUCUAUAGGGGGACCAAAUAAGCAAUAUGUUAAAUACAGUAAUGAUUAAUUCCUGAUGGUCUGGCAGAGAUUAUUGUUCCCUGAAGGUCCAUUGGAGGAGCUUGUGGUCUGCACCUUCUAGAGUGGCAAACCAUGUGCUCCACCACCAGAAAACCAGGGAUCAUAGCCUCCCUCCCUGUAGAAAGUUAAUCACAAAAAAAAAAAAAAAGAUUAGGAGUGUGGUCACUGCAGUGCAAAACAUAAAACAUAAUUUCACAGUGCAGCAUAUAUGCAAAAUUGCCCUCAAUGAGUUUACAUUAAUCUUGUCAAUCUAGAAAUUAAUAUCUCUUCAUCUGUGCCAGGGAGUUAAGAUGGAAGUGCCAAUUUCAAUCAUUGUUAAAUAAAGUUAUAGAAAUACUGUUUCCUCUUUAUCUGUAUAUAGCUGUAUUCCUAGGGACUAGUUAGUUCAUGACCUUCCCAGUGGCAAAUUUACUGUGUGAGAGAUUAGAAGUAACAGCCCAUACUCUCAUACUUAGACGGCUUAGAGGCAAGCCUUCCAAUUAUUAAAAUAAAGGAUUUUGGGUGGUAAGAUUAAAGGCACUAUAACAAUGUCAAUACGAUGAAGUUUUUAUAGUGCAUAUAAUGUUCCUUUAAUGUACAUUUAUUCCCCUUCAAGGAUUUAAUAUAUCCAAUAUUUCUUGGAAAAUAUGUUUUCCACAGACAGUGUAUCUGAGAGUGUAUAUACACACACUGUGAACCCUAACACCCAAAAGAAUAGAAGAUUUAAGUUAUUUAUAUGCCUGUUUCACCAAGUGGUUUGUAAGUGCAAUAAAAGCAGUUUAUUUGGGGGCAUAAUGCUUACAAAGUGCUAUACUACGUAGGUUUUUGUUUGUUCCUUUAUAGGUUGGCUGUAUCUCAUUAUAUUCUGCAUAUUGUGUAUCUGAGAGUACUGCCAUACACUAACCCCAUUACUACCCCUGCUCCACUAAUAAUGUUGUUUGAAUUAUCUGCAGGUGGAGAUUCUGUAUGAGGAGGAGCCAUUAAAGGAUUAUUACACACUCAUGGAUAUUGCUUACAUAUUCCCUUGGGGGAGGGUAAGUAAUGCUUAGUAUUAAUGUACAGUUUCAACAUAAAGUGCCUUAAUGUUAAUAAACAGCAGUUGCAAAAAAACCAAAAAACGCUACACCAACUAGACCUAAAAAGAAAAUAUAAAUAUAUAUAUAUAUAUAUAUAUAUAUAUAUAUAUGUAUACACACACACACAAAUAUAGAUAGCUUGGCACUCACCCUAUCUCCCAUUAAGUUGAUGUAUUUAUGCCUUGGUGCAAUCCCACGUUGUGGAAUAUAUGGAGAAAUAAGAGAUGCACUCUCAGGUCUUUACAAAAAAUCCGUUAGUAUUUAUUCAGUAAAAAUGUUACAUCAUCUGACCGACGUUUCGACCCUACAGGGUCUUCCUCAAGAUCAAUGUACCCAAAUAUAUAUAGUCAAUAUAUAGUAAAUCUAUAUAUACAUCUUCUCUAAUGAUGUAAAAUCCAUUCUCUGUCACACAAGUAGCCGUGUGUCAGUGUAGGUUGGCCUUGCUGCAGCAGAACAAUGCAGGCCUUUUCUCUAAGCUGUUCUGAUAAGGGAGAAAGAUUGUAUACACUUCUGGGAGAAACUCAGGCAGCACCUAGCAGAUCUUAAAGUGGGGAGAAAAAAAUUAAGUUAAUGAGAGGUGGCUUGCUGAGCCUUUAGGCAAGAUGUGUUGAAGAGAAACUUCAAUAUCAUUUUGCUAUUAAAUCAAUUCAGCCACAGAAUGAGGCAGUUUGCCUACCAGUGUUGCUGCUACCCGCUGCAGGGUCUGUACAGGAUCCUGUGUCACAUUAUAGCUGUAGAUUACCAAAUGGAGUGCCAGCUAUGCCUCAAAAUUCUGAUAAGAACAUUCCCUUCCUUGGAUCCCCUUAUCCAUUUCAAAUUCCUUUUGUUGCUGUGGACCUCAUCCUGAGGAUUUCAGUAACAGAGACAUUUAAUUUGUCUUUCUUCUUCCGAUGUAGAAAGUAGCUACUGGCUCAUGAUGAGGUACAGCCUUCCAACAGGAUUUAUUGUUCCUGAAUGAAACUUCACUAAAGUUAAUCUGAUGCCUAGAUAUUUCUGUUUGCAUUUUCCCUGUUUACCGAACUUUCCACUUUGCACACUGCCUUUUAACAUCUUGCUCCAUCCUAAAGAUGAGCCUGAAUGUAAAGUGAUACAAAAUUUACAUUAGCUUUAAGUAGGGGUGCCCAAUAGGUAGAUCCCAAAGUGUUAUAGAACUACAGCUCCCAUGAAUCUUUCUUAUUCUAAAGGCAUGCAAAGAAUCAUGGGAGUUAUAGUUCUACAACAUCUGGACAUCUACCUAUUGGGCAGGCCUGACCUAGAGCAGGGGAAAUACAAGAUGUGGCCACGUCACAGCACGCUCAAGACACUUGGGUCCUCUCAAGCACCUGACAUGGGUCUACAGCCUCCCCCAGAGCCCACAGGGGGUUCAGCACCGGCAACGAAGGAUGACCACAUGGCCUUGCUUGGCGAACUGCACAAAAUGAUUGCGGCAGAUUGUGCCCUCGCACAGAAGGAGACACAGGGCGGUCACCGAGUAGGUACAGGGCACAGAAGGAGCGGUACAAGAUGUUCAGGCCGCGGUUGCCCCACUCAGUGACUCGGUCCUCCAGCUGCAAGAAAACCAGCAAUCAAUGAUAGUGCAACUAACCACGCUGGAGGAAUGCCACUGCUGCAAUCAUGUGAAAAUCCACUGAAUACCUAUGGCAAUCACCUCAGAUGAACUGCCCCAUUACAUCUGGAAGCUACUGGCCUCCAUUCCACCACCGGCAAUCGCUAAAAAGAUGACAUUGGAUGAGGUCUACAGAAUAGCGGGACGUUCCACUACCACCACCAUCACGGGAUGUAAUCUUGAGAUGAACAUUAUUUGCAGAUCACAAUCGCAUGAUGUUGGCCCUAAGCGACAAAACACUCAUGCACUUUGAGGACUUCCAAUUGUCAUUUUACCAAGAUCUAUCCAGGACAACCCUGCAAUGGCGCAGGUCCAUGGCACCUUACACUUCUCAAUUGCGCACAGCAGUGGUUUCUUACCGCUGGGGCCCCGUAGUCAUACUUCAAGUGCCGUGGAACAGGACUGUUCAUACACUCCGAUCCAAAGAUGAAGCCCCUGCACUGCUGACCACCAUGGGUCUCAUGACACCGACCUCAACACGAACUGAUCCAGCAUGGGAUCCGACUACAACUGAGCCUUUUACACAGAGAGCCGGCUCUACAACCUCUGGUGUGACCUGAUUAUCUGGGCAGAUGUCAUGGGUCAGACCAUCCUUAGGUCUACCAGGGCCUGGAACUGGGGCUUCGCCCUACAGAUUGGCCUAAAUUGUUUAAUUUUGUUAUGUUCACAGGUUACCCAUUAUUUCAUAUGUCACAAACUGAUAGGUCCUUUAGGCAAUAGAUCACUACCCAAUUCUGUAGCAACACAGUACUCACACCUUUAUGAACGUUACAGACAACCUGUACAUUGUACGCAUGAGCACGCUUUUACUCUAAUGCUUCUACCCCCUCCUCCCCCCACAAUCUCAACCUACUUAAUUGGCUUGAUACCAUUAUCUCUGUGCAACCCGGAAUUCUUUAUUGUGCAUGGCGCACCACUAAAUACAGCACGUUUCACAGACCCUACUCCACACUGAUAGCUAUUGAAUGAGGAUGUACUCUGGAUUAGGUGCUCCCCAGCAAACUCCCAAAAGGGAACCUAUAUAACUUCUAUGGAGCCUCUUGCGCCACUCAGACCACACUGGCCUUCCUCUCAUCUACAAUAAUGCUACACAUAGCUCACACUUCAUGUACACUUUUUUCAACUGUGACAAUUUGGUUUAUGCCACUGAUAUGUUAUUGUUAUUUAUGUUCAUUAACCAAAAAAAGAGUGCAAAUUCAUCACAUGCCAAGUAUCAGUAACCACCUGUCUUUUAACCUUUUGAUUAUUUAUGCUGUUUUGGCCACAUUGGCAUAUUUGUCUUUAAAUGCACUGCAAAAAUAAAGAUUUACAACAACAAAAAAUGGGAGCAGCUGCUGCAGUGCCGUGUAAAAAAAAAAUUGUAGUGCUGUAGACUAAAAGGGAGAGGAGAGGAGAGAGAUCCUAAUAUGAAUCAACAGAAGCAUGUCAGUGUAGGUCUAUGUAUUGACUAUAUUUGUACACAAAUGAGUGGUUAGUUAAGAAUGUAUGCACGUGAGUUGUGUACAUACAUGUUUGUAGGUGAAUGGCUAGUCUAUUUUAUUUGUAUGUGUGAGUGAGGUUAGGUGUGUGUAUAAGCCAUAUUUUCACGGUCUGUGUUGCUUAUUUGUUCCAGGCUCCUAGAUUCCCACACUGUGAGGUGAUAAUGAGGACCAACUCAGCCUUACAACCAAUACUAAAUAAAGAAUCACUCCACUACUGUCCAUGGAAUUCAGUCUCCCAUUACAGCGCAUGCCUUUAAAUCAUAAUGAUGGAUAUAAAAGGAAAAAAAAAAAUCAAAAAAAGCUAUUUACCACAUACUAGAACAUACAAAUUAUCUGCUUAACAUGGCUGCCACCAUUUUACUUAAUAGUGUAGUAAUUCUGUUGUGGAAUAUAUUGGUACUUAGUGAAUAAUGACAUGUUUUAUUUAUCCCAUAGACUGGUCCUUUACCUCUCAAGUACCGGGUUCAGCCAACUUGUAAGAGGUUGCGGUUUAGCCGUCCACGAAGCCUUCAGGAGUCAAACCGUGGAGCCACGUCAGAAGGGGAAUCUGCUAGUGACAAGGCUAGCAGCCCAGCUCCUAUUCCUUCAACUUCAUCUUCAUUACCAAGCCCUGCAACUCCCUGCCACGGAUCCCCAAACCCUAAUACUGAGCUACCCCCUGCCUGUGGCCUCCACAAUGGGCAUUCUGCUGGGCGAGGACGCAAAGUAACACUCAACGGAGUGCCUGGGCCACCACUUACCUGAACCCACUUUCUCUCUUCAGCCUUUUAUAUACAUAUGUACAUAAACAGAAGGACUUUCUUAUUUUCUAUGGACAAAACAAGAGUAAUUUAAUCCAACCUCCUGCCCAAAAUCCUUUUUGUAAUGUUUUUGGAUUGUAAUUUAUAAAGGCAGUUGGGAGAAGCAGCACAUUCUAAAUUGAAUGCAGGCCCUUCCUGUGUGUUAACCUCCAGUUUUAAUCUCACGUCUUGUUACACAAUGUUUGUAUGAUGAGUGAAGAGGAAGUUUUAAUUUUUUUUGCAUUAUUGAGAUCUAGGGCGUCCCCGCUUCAUGAUCGUUAUAUGAAGGGUGACAGUGUCCCCUGUGUUUUCCUAGAUGGAUUUUAAAUCUAUGAACUCUGGAGAGUGUGAUUGGGCAAUUUUUAUGUCAGGUGAUCAUGGCUUCCUCGUAUUGAAAAAUUGUUUGAAGAAAUAUACAAUGAAAGCAAUGGUAAGUUAUUUCUUGUUGUAAGGAAAAUCCAUCUUCACUGUCACCAUGUUGGUUUAUGAUGAAGUUUGGGAACAUUUACAUUAUGACAAAAAAACAACAUAUAAAUGUUGCUGUGACUGUGAUUUCAAGUCCUGGUAGGGACUGGAGCCAUAUGACCAAAUAUCUUUUUCUCGCUAACUAUAGCCAUGUUCAUAGGGUCAACAAUGAGAUCAGUUUCAUUAUUACACGUGUGUAAUAUGAAUUUAGGGCAGUAGGCACCAAACUCCUCUUUAAUAAUAACAUUCACACUGGACAGGUAGUGUAGCUCUCCUGAAUGUUUUACCUUUACCGCGUGAGGGCUAGACAUAAAAGAGGAAAUCUGGUCAUCUUCAAAAUAUGGCACAACAGGGUUCCCGUAUUACUACAACUCCCUUCCCCACUCUCCCUCCAAGAAAAAGCGUCCCUGGUGUGGGUGGGAUUUUAGGGUUGUGGGGUGUCUCUUCCUGUGUAUAUUAAUAAAGUCAUGCAAAAAGUGUUUUUGGACUAAUUUUGUUUUUACUGGCACUUUAGGUUUAAUAUGUUUAUUACCCUACGAUAGUUUUUUUUUUUUUUUAAAUAAAAAAAAAAUUCAUAUUAGGCCAGUAUUAUGUGAACGCAGGCUGCACUGGGCAACAAAUGAGGACGUUGAGGGAAACAAAAUUUCAAGGAAAAAUGUGAAAGUUCU